CUCGAAUGUACAAACUAUUAUUGCGAACCUGAUACACCCAAAAAGUUUACAAUGAAAUUUCCAAAAGAAAAUUCGUUGUUCAUUGACUUAAAGUUCCUAUUACUUUCCCAUUCUAACAUAGUUUCAGUUCAUCUCAAGUCUCAACCACUUUCAUUAGCAUCAUUGACCAGCCUCUUCUGAUGAGUUGUAAAUUCAAUAUGCUUAAUUUACACCAGUCAUGACAAGAAGGGGCAUGAUUGAGUUGCAAAAUGGCGGAAUCCCUUGUAGCAUUGGCUAUCCAAUGGAUUGGAUCUACGCUGAUCCAAGAGUCGAGCAUCUUAUUCGGAGUGGAAGACCAAGUAAGAGACCUCCAAGAAGAGCUUGAACUUAUGCAACAAUUUCUUCAAGAUGCUGAUGCAAAGAUAGAGAUGAAGGAAAUUCGCACUUUGAUCAGGCAAAUAAGACAACUUGCUUAUGAUGUUGAGGAUAUCAUUGAUACUUACAUCCUUGAAGUUGGAGCAAAGCCUAAUAUGCUAUGGAAUAAGGGAUGGUUCAUGAAAUCUGCAUGUUUUGUGCACACUGCACCUCAGACCUACAGAAUAGGGAAGCAGAUAAAAAUGCUGCAGAGAAAUGUGAAGCGAAUCACAGAGAGGUUAAGUAGUUAUGGGGUGAGAAGAAUCACGACGGGAGGGGAAUAUUUUAGAUCCUCAAGUGACCAUGAAAGAUUUUCAAGGAGAAAGCCACGAAGCUACCCCUAUGACGGUGAUGCCGAGUUCAUCGUUGGCUUGGAGAAAGACACUAAAAAGCUGGUAGAAGUAUUGGUAGGAGAAGGGAAAACCCAAGUAAGUCUUGUUUCUAUUGUGGGGAUGGGUGGCUCGGGAAAAUCCACCCUUGCUAGGAUGCUCUACAAUCAUCCAUAUACGAAAGAGUGCUUUGAUUGCAGGGCAUGGGUUUAUAUCUCCCAAGAAUGGAGCACCAAGAACGUUUUAUCUGAAAUCUUGAGGAAGGUUAGUAGCCAUCUGGAGUUUUCCAAGUCGAAUGCCAAAUCAAGUGUGGAAGAGCUAGUAGACAAACUUCGGAGCAUCCUGGAAAAGAGAUCGUAUUUGGUGGUCUUGGAUGAUGUCUGGAGGAAAGAAGCUCUAGAGCAUCCUGCACUGCCGUGGAUGAACAAUGAUAAGGGAAGCAAAAUUGUUAUUACCACCCGGAACCAAGAAGUUAUUCAGUUCCAGGAUCUCCAAAGGCACCUGUUUGUCCAUGAGCCCCGGCCCCUAAGCAAGGAGGAAAGUUGGGAACUAUUCUGCAAAAUUGCUUUGAAUCAUCAUACAGAUUAUAAUAGUGAAAGCUACGAGGGUCUAGGAAAGGAAAUGCUACAGAAAUGCGAUGGCCUUCCAUUGGCUAUAGUAGCAUUAGCUGGGAUCUUGAACACGAAAAGAAAUAUUAGAGAAUGGCAGCAAGUGAGUGAAACUGUACGAACAAGGGUAAUGGAAGGUACAUCCACACACAUGUAUGGUAGAGUAGGAGAGAUGCUAGCUCUUAGCUAUGAUGAUAUACCUUGUGAUCUUAAGCCUUGCUUUCUUUAUCUGGGUGUAUUUCCUGAAGAUUGCCAAAUUCCAACUGGAAUGCUUACCAGAAUGUGGAUAGCUGAGGGUCUUGUCACCUCAAAUGAAGAUACGUCCCUAGAAGAUGCUGCAAUGCAGUGUUUAGAAAAAUUGAGCAACCGUUUCAUGAUUCAAGUAGUUAGAACCAACUUUGAGGGAGCCAUAAAAGUAAUACACUUGCACGAUCUAUUGCGUGAACUUUGUAUCAGAAAGGCUAGGGAACAAAGUUUUCUCCAAAUCGAUACUCCUAUCGACAAUUCGCCUGCCAAUGGUGCAUCUAAAAUGACAAUCCAGUCACGUAGAUUUGCUCUUCAUUCCAGCACCUGCUUUCCUACACAAGUUUCAAAUUUGAGGUCACUUGUCCUGUUAACAAGAUCUUCCAUCGUCCACUCUGCUUAUGUAUCCAAAGAGACAGUAGCAUUAGGGAAUCUCCAUCAGAAUUUUAAGCUGCUAAGAUUGUUAAAUCUCUGGGGCAUUAAAACACUCAACGGAGCCUUACCUACACAAAUUGGCAGCUUGAUACACUUGAGGUAUCUUGGUAUUCGUGCUUCAAAUAUUACGGAACUCCCCACGUCAAUUGGGAAGUUGAGGAAUUUAUUGACUUUAGAUUACAGGAACAUUGAUUCUGAUAAUAAUGUUCAAAUUCCUGAUGUCUUAUGCAAGCUUACGCUACUUAGGCAUCUAUAUUUGCCAAUCAAAUGCCCUUUGGCACUUAAAGAAUUACAGCUCAGUGCACUGAAGAAUCUGCAAAUACUCUGGGGUGUAAAUUGUGCUGGGUGGGAUUGGUUUUCAAGAGAGAUUCCAAAUCUUAGCACAACUCUGAAGAAGUUGAAGGUGGUUGUGUCAAAUGAAAGGGAUUUGGAGGUUGCCUUCAGCUGCCCAAGCCUCAUGUGUGAUCGACUUCAUACGCUCCACUGUGAGUGGAGCUCUCGCGUGGUCUUACGUAUUACACAUGUUUUCUCUCACAACCAACACUUACAUAAACUGGUAUUGACUGGAAAAAUAAAGGUGGAAAAAUUGUCUCGCAUAUUGCCAUCUAAUCUUUUGGUUUUAGAAUUGAAGGAUAGUAAUAUAAAGGAUGAGGAUCCCAUGGUAGUUAUUGGAAAAUUAGCCCAUCUGAAGCUCCUGAAAUUGUCAAAUUCAUACAUGGGGAACGCAGCCACAUGCAAUCUUGGUUCGUUUCCUCAACUUGAGGAGCUCUACCUUGAGAACCUUGAGAACUUGAGCACGUGGGAGAUAGAGCAGGGGGCAAUGUCGAGUCUUAAGAAGCUUGAGAUUUUAAGUUGUGGAAAGCUGCGUGAAUUUCCUCAAGGCUUGGCAUUUGUCACCACCCUCCAACACCUUGAAUUUUUCGGGGUGCCCGAAGAAUUUGAUGAACAAGCCAAGGCAUAUGGGUGGUCUCAAGAAAGGUUUAGGCUACCUCAUAACUUUGAAGCCAUCAUUAAGCAUUGCGACACUGUACUUGACAUGUCCUCCAUACAGAAGAUCAAUGAGAAGCUCACUACUGGGAUUUUUCUGAACGACUAUAAGAAGAAGUUCUGGGUUAUGAAGCAGGAAGACCACCAAUAUAAUUGCUUCAUGCUGUAUGUGACUGACUUACUCCUGCCAGAAGAACCAGAUAUCGAUGCUUUGCCUGAGUAUAAUGAUUAUCUUAUUUUCUUGAAUUCAACAUUUCGUACUUCAGGACCUCCUUGCGGAUCUGACUGGGAAUGGACUUACAUGGAGGAAAGCAGAGAUGGUCAAUUGAUCAAAGUGGCGAAACUAAAAACAGAAGUAUGCGUGCUUUAUCUGUAUGGAAGAUUUGACGUGGUUGAUCUAUCACCUAAUAUUGUAUAUACAUUCUCUUUUGUGUUCAUGUUAGACGACUCUGAAUGGGAGGAGGAGGUGUCAUGUACGACUCACCUUCACCUUCCUGUUGGUAGUUCACACACUUCAGUACAGGAGAUAAGUCACACGUUGAGUGACAAACCAAGGAAUGAAUUGCAAAAGGUCUUGAUAGGUGAAUUUGAGACACACCCUAAAGUUGUUGGACACGUUAAUUUUACAUGGCAUUGUGACUUUAGACUAUAUACAAAGGUUGGGAUUACAGUAAAAGGGGUUAUUAUUGAACCCAAACUUUAAUCUUUCAACUAUAUAUUUUCAUUGUAUGUAUACUAUUGAAGAUUAUGGUUUAGCAAGUGAUUUGUUAUAUAAGAAGUAUUUUGUACUC